GGGUUCAGCUGCCGAGCCUCCAUUGAGUUCAGUCCUUUGGGGGUCUGGGCCCUCGCAGCCCAUCCUGUGUCUGGAGGGUAAGAGGCCGGGGCAGCCAGUAGGGGCCCAGUGCUGGGACGGAGCCUGGAGGGUGAGGCAGAACAAAGGAGCAGCAGGGUGAAUGCAGGGCUGGGGGCUUAGGGUAUUUAGCAAGCCAAGCCCUGGCCACAAAGCAUGGAGCCCCCUGUUGUAUCAUCACCCCAUUGUACAGAUUGGGGAAACUGAAGCACAGUGACAGGAAGGGUCACACAGCAGCAGAGGCAGGAUGAGAACCCAGGCCACCCUUCCAUAGAAACAGGCUAAGCCCCCCUGCCUCUAGGUGGGGCACUGUGGCUUGGAGCACCCCAUGGGCAGGGCGGGCUGCUCCCAUUCCCCAUCCCAGCCACCAAGCCAAGCCAAGCUAAUGCUGCCUUCUCUUGUGAUCCCAGGUGUGAUGGGAGCUGUUCCCUGGCUCCCUCUAGUCCUUCUCUGCGGCUCCAGCCACUUCCAGAGCUCAGAUGCAGCUUCCAGCCUGCGCCCAGAGAUCAUUACGCCCCUGAAGCCCGUGAAAAGUCCCACUCUAGGGAAAUGCUUCAAUGUCAGCUGCCAGGCUCAGAGCCCUUUCCCGAGGAUGACCCUCAUCUACUGGCUGGCAAACGGCUCCUUCGUGGAGGACCGAUACCCGGACGAGGCAGUGAGCGAAGGGGACGUCUUAACAGAGCCCAGGGGCACCAGGGUCCUCCUGACCCGGGAGCUGCUCUUUCGCUCCUUCUCCCAGCGGGACUGGAGCACCUCGUUCCUGUGCAUGGUGAGGAACCCAGCCGGGCUGGAAAAGGGACUGGUCCACUGGGACCCUGAGCCGCCAGCCCAGAUCUCCGAGCCGCAGCAGGAGACAAGGCAGGACGUCCAGACCCUGACAAGCACCCCCACCAUGGACUGGGCUGAGAGCACGGACUGAGCACAGGGACAGCAGCACCAGCCCCCGAGAGGCGGCGAUAUUGUGCCCAUGGUGCCAAGCUCCACUUCCCUGGCAAAGCCCUGCCAGCCUCCCUCCACGGCCCAGCUGCCUUCCCCUGCCCCCUCUGUGUCUGCUUGGAGCCCUGCAGGGCCACGGCGUGGCUGCCCCAGAGGCCAGGGGCUGGAUAUAGCCCCACCCCAAACACACUGCACUGGUGAGGGAGGCUCCCACAGGACUUGCCCUUGGGCCAUGGCCUGGGAAAGGCCCAUGUUCCCCCUCUUCCACUGCUCUGGCAGGAUCAUUCUCAGCCCUAGUGACCAAAGCCACCCCCUGCUGCCAGCCCAGCCUACGAGUGAAGAGCAGGGUUCCUUCAACAGCUGCCAGCAAUGCCCUGCCCGUUACAUGCCUGGGGGGCAGCACCAGCUUGGGGCAGAGGCUGGGAGACCAGCACCCGCUGGCCUGUGGCUGCCAGCUCUCCUCCCACUUCGCGCAGUUUCUAUUAAAUAAACACACAACGCUCUGCC